GGGCUGCGGUUGCUGUGGGGGAGGGGGCGGGCGGCUUGGCGGGGAAGAUGUCCGCCACUCUCCUCUCGCCCAUUGUGGAUUAUUACAACGAUGAGGAGGAGCUGGACAGUGUGGACGACGAGGACGACCGCAGCAUCCGGGGCCGCGACUCGGAUGAAGAUACAGAGGAUGCAAGUGAGACAGAUAUUGCUAAUAAGCAAGAUGAUGAAGACUACCUGGAGGUGAAAGAGCAGAUGUACCAGGAAAAAUUAACAUCUCUUAAGAGGCAGCUACAGCAGUUGCAAGAAGGUACAUUGCAGGAAUAUCAGAAACGGAUGAAGAAACUAGAUCAACAAUACAAAGAAAGAAUAAGAAAUGCAGAGCUUUUUCUGCAGUUGGAGACAGAACAAGUGGAAAGAAAUUAUAUUAAAGAGAAAAAGGCAGCAGUGAAGGAAUUUGAAGAUAAAAAGAUUGAGUUGAAAGAGAAUCUGAUUGCUGAAUUAGAAGAAAAGAAAAAGAUGAUUGAGAAUGAGAGACUAACAAUGGAACUCACUGGAGAUUCUAUGGAGGUUAAGCCAAUUAUGACCAGGAAGUUGAGGAGGAGACCUAAUGAUCCUGUUCCAAUUCCGGACAAAAGACGAAAACCUGCACCUGCGCAGUUAAAUUAUUUGUUAACAGAUGAACAGAUUAUGGAGGAUCUACGAACACUUAACAAGCUCAAAUCUCCAAAAAGACCAGCGUCUCCAUCUUCUCCUGAGCACCUUCCCAGCACCCCUGCUGAGUCACCAGCACAGAGAUAUGAAGCACGAAUAGAAGAUGGAAAGUUGUAUUAUGAUAAGAGAUGGUAUCACAAAAGUCAGGCGAUCUAUCUGGAAUCCAAGGAUAAUACGAAGAUCAGCUGUGUAAUUAGCUCAGUUGGAACAAAUGAGAUAUGGGUGAGGAAGACGAGCGAUAGCACAAAAAUGCGUAUAUAUCUGGGACAGCUACAUAGAGGAGUAUUUAUUAUACGUAGGCGAUCUGCUGCCUAGCACUCUUGCCAAAACAUUUGGAGACUGAGACCUUCCUGUUAUCUCUCUGCUCAGAGAAUGACUCCUCCCUGGUUUUUGUAUGGAAAUCUGUAUUAAUACAAGCAAACUUAGACUGAAGAACAUGUAAUUUGAAGACUCUUUUCAAUGCCAGUUCUGAUGAUUGUGUAUAUUUUUAAGAAUAAAAUUCGCCUUUUCAAGGAUUUUUCUUUAUUUUCAUCAUCCUCCAAGAUGAAGUUGACCAUUCUUUAUGGCUGGUAACUGCCAAUUUGUGGAUCGUUUCAUUUAUUCCAGGCAACAAGAUGAAAUGCAGUUUUGCUUCACUGCUGGACAAUCUGGGACAACUGAAUCUGAACAAUUCAGUCACCUUUUUUUUGGAGAGGAAUAUGUUUUGUACAUGCUGUUUAUUUUGUAAUAGAAUGCUUUACCAUAGUCACUAUUGGACACAAGCCAAAAACAUGUAUUUUUUGUUUUUCAAAAGUGUAUUAAAUAAUCUUGUUUCUUUGAACAAAACAACUUGAGUUUGUUUUAUAGUAUUCUGUAACCUUUAAUAAAAUUGAAAAUGGUGGCGGUAGCCUGUGAUUAUGGUUAACACUGUUAUGAUCUACAUUACAAAGUUCUACUGUUUUCCCUUAAAAAUUAGUGGUUUACAGCCUUUAAUAUUGGAGCAGAAUCCAAUCAAAUGCUCUAAUUUCAUGCUACUAAUCUGAUUGCCAGUGUACAACUAUAUUUUUAAGUUGCCCCUAAAAAUGCUCAUUGUCAAUCACAGAUCAUUCAAUAAGCUUAGAGCCUCCUCGAUUUGGUUUGGCUUUCAAGAAGCAUUUGAAAUAUUUGAAGCAUUUUGCUCUGACAGAAACAACAUUUGGAAGAUGUGAUUAAAUCAAAAAAUAUUCCUUUUGUAGUUUAGUCACUGGUGAUACUAAAACUAGUAACUAAGGCAUUAUCGCUGUUAAUAUAACUGCGUACCACAAAGGGUCUGUUGGAGUUUUUGCUGUUGCCUCUACCUUCCGCACUAUCAUUUAAUUCUGCAAUUGAGUGGGGGCAAUGUUGAGUUGGGAAAAUUGAAUUGUGGGCUUUAGAAAUUUUGAGAUUUGAUGUAAGGACCUUGUACUGGGGGAAAAACAACUCAGGGUAAACUUAAUUUUUGUUUUGGAUCAACCCUUUCUAGAAACUCAAUGAACUUCAAAGCGUAUUAGCUCUCUUGGAUGGUACUGCUGCUAAAUUUUGUUUAUUAAAAGCAAAGUCAUGUUAAGUCUGACAUUAUUUGAAUUCCCCAUGCAGCAAGAUAUGGAAAUUUGAUUGAUUACAUGUCCACCAAAACUUGUUCUAGUUUGCUGGGUAGGUGCCCUAAAAGCCCACAGUUUAUUAAUAGCUGUGCUACUCAAAUUGCUUUUUUUUGUCAAUAUGAUGGUGUCGUUUUCAUAAAUGUCCAUUUAGACUUUUUUUAAUACAAUGUUGGGGAUUAGAAUUGCUGUACAUAAAUGGCCCAUGGUGAUCUUUGAGUUACAGAUGCAAUUACAGAUAUUUGAGGAAUAUCAUGAUACAUCAGUAUAGUGAAUAAUACAAUGAAGACAGCAACUUCAUUUUAUUCAUCUUUAUCAACUGAAAUAAAAAGUUUUUGCACUG